GCGAGCGGGAUUCGGGGGCGCUGAAGUCUCCCGGGCAGGGCGGGAAGGAAGACCCGGAGCUGGGCGCAGGAUCCGGAGCUGGACGCCCCCUCCCCAGAACUUUCCUCCUCUGAAAAAGCAAACAGGUCUGAACAAGUAAGGCCAGCUCCAUGUAUCCAGAAUCGACCACAGGCUCCCCCGCGCGGCUCUCCCUGCGACAGACAGGCUCCCCGGGGAUGAUUUACAGUAAUCGAUAUGGGAGUCCCAAAAGACAGCUCCAGUUUUACAGGAAUCUGGGCAAGUCCGGCCUGCGGGUCUCCUGCCUGGGGCUUGGAACAUGGGUAACCUUUGGAGGCCAGAUCACCGACGAGAUGGCAGAGCAGCUCAUGACCCUGGCCUACGACAAUGGCAUCAACCUGUUUGACACAGCCGAAGUCUACGCAGCUGGCAAGGCUGAAGUGGUAUUAGGAAACAUCAUUAAGAAGAAGGGAUGGAGACGGUCCAGCCUCGUCAUCACCACCAAGAUCUUCUGGGGUGGAAAAGCGGAAACGGAGCGGGGCUUGUCCCGGAAGCACAUAAUAGAAGGUCUGAAGGCUUCUCUGGAGCGCCUGCAGCUGGAGUAUGUAGACGUGGUGUUUGCCAACCGCCCAGACCCCAACACCCCCAUGGAAGAGACCGUGCGGGCCAUGACGCAUGUCAUCAACCAGGGCAUGGCCAUGUACUGGGGCACGUCCCGCUGGAGCUCCAUGGAGAUCAUGGAGGCAUACUCGGUGGCCCGGCAGUUCAACCUGAUCCCGCCCAUCUGUGAGCAGGCCGAGUACCACAUGUUCCAACGCGAGAAGGUGGAGGUGCAGCUGCCGGAGCUCUUCCACAAGAUAGGCGUGGGCGCCAUGACCUGGUCCCCUCUGGCUUGUGGCAUCGUCUCCGGGAAGUACGACAGUGGCAUCCCGCCCUACUCCAGAGCCUCCCUGAAGGGCUACCAGUGGCUGAAGGACAAAAUCCUAAGCGAAGAGGGACGGCGCCAGCAAGCCAAGUUGAAAGAGCUGCAGGCGAUCGCCGAGCGCCUGGGCUGCACCCUCCCCCAGCUGGCCAUAGCCUGGUGCCUGCGGAACGAAGGCGUUAGCUCCGUGCUUCUGGGUGCUUCCAACGCGGAGCAGCUCAUGGAGAACAUCGGCGCCAUACAGGUUCUUCCGAAACUGUCGUCUUCCAUUGUUCACGAGAUCGAUAGCAUUCUGGGUAACAAACCCUACAGCAAAAAGGACUACAGAUCCUAAGCUCCCCCUGCCACCUGCUCGGACAGUUUCCAGUCCCCCCUCGUCUCUGUCCGCUCGCUUACGCUGUCUCGAAGCCAAGUGCAGUGUGGUUUGCAUCCAAGGGAAGACACCACGCCCGGCGUCACCAGGAGAUGACCUCUACGUUGCCGCCAGACGCUGCCCGCCGCUUCGCUGGACAAGGUCACAUGGUGCCGGGGAGAUGGCAUGGGUUAGGAAGGACAUUCGCUCGGCCACGUCCAAGCCUGGCACCUCUGCGCAUCCCCCAGAGACGCCGCGCUCCUCCAGCCGGGGCCCUUCAGGGAGGCUCCCCAAGUGGAGGCCAACUGAGGCCUGGCUGUGUCCUCGGGGCAGGCAGGACUGGCCUCCUCCCGGGCCUCCUCCGCCAGGGUCCUGGUGGUUAGGACAGGGUUCCCUCUCGAUGGGCACCAGGGUGCUUCAUGUGGGGUUCAGCUUCAGAUCCCUCCCACCCCCCUUCCCCACCCAGCCCUGCCCCCUGGGGCAGAGGACGGGGCCACCCCUGCCCUUGCUGGCAGGGGCAGGGCCAGGGGGUCAGUUCUCUUGUUUGGGAGCCACAAAAAAAGGUUGAGGCAGGGUCCGAUUUCCAGCGUCAUUCCACCCGAAUUCCACAAGCAAGUGGUGUGGCAGAGCAGGUGCCUGGAGCACUUGGG